AUGGCCAAGCCGGUUGAGGGGGGGCCGGAUAGGGUUAGACCGUUGGCAGUGGGAGAGGUCUUGCGUCGGCUUGUAGCUCGGGCGGUGGGCCUGCAGUAUAGAGAGCGCUUUCGCGAGUUUUUCACUCCGCUUCAGUAUGGGGUGGCGACGCCGGGGGGAUGUGAGGCGGUGGUAGCCGGUAUCUGGGCUUGCUUAGAUUUGGAGCCGGAGACGCUGUUUCUGCAGGUCGACUUGGCCAACGCGUUCAACGAGGUUGAUCGCGUAGCCAUGUUUGACGAGCUCCGGUUGCACUUCCCGGAGCUCCUCCCGUUUUUCUGCUGCUUUUAUGCGGAGCCGUCUCGGUUGCUACUUGGACGGGAUAGCGGGGAUUGGGAGUUGUUGCAGUCUAGCACGGGGUCCUGGCAGGGGGACCCUUUAGCCGGGUUUCUGUUCGCCCUAGCCUAUCACCGUCCCCUUUCCGCCACGUGCGCAGCCUUUCCGGAUGUCCAGCUCCCUUCCUACGCCGACGAUACUCACAUCGUCGGCGCGCCGGCGCGAGCCGCGGAGGCUUUUGCGCAUCUGCAGGGCGGCCUAGCCACGCUCAGCCUACGGAUAGAUUAUGCCGUCCUCGUCCGAGUGUUUGUACUGCGCCCCUCGUACUUGAUGAGGACGGUAUCCCCCUCCCCGGAGUUUCUUGAGCAGCUUCGGGGUUAUGACCGUCUACUGCUUGGGUGCUUUGAGAGCCUCUUGGGUCCAGACGCGUUUGCGGGGGAGGCGGGAGAGCUCGCGCGCCGGCAGAAUGAGGAAGAGGAAGCCGAUGAAUGGUCUUUCCUAGGGGGUCCUCCAGAGGUUGGAGAAGAUAAAAUGACGUCCCUACUCCCAAAAAGGUCCUUCUUCAUCCUCCUUUUCCUCAUUCUCCAGAAUGAGGAAGAUGAAGCCGAUGAAAGGUCUAUCCUAGGGGGUCCUUUAAAGAAUGAGGAAAAUGAGGAUGAAGAAAAACACCUGGAGAAGGGACUUCCGGUCUUUCUUGCCCCCUCUUAG